AGCUCUACAUGUGGUGAACACAAGCUGACACACACAUCCGCACCUCGUGGGGACAUCUAAGCUUCGGAGAUUGGAAAAAAAAAAAGAAAUAAUAAUAAAAAAAACCUCUUCCUCACGACCCCCUAUCGGGAAGUGUGACAAAGUCAUGAUUGGUUUUAUGGAAUAAUGGGCAUUAGUUUCCACCUGGGAUAACCUGAAUUGAUGGAGCAGGACCUAGGUGUAGAUGUGCUGGCUGCGUGCACGGAGACAUUGUGUGGCUCAGUCGGCAGCCGAUUGGCUAGUAGCAGUAGACAGUUCUUUGAAGCGAGCUCACAAAGCUGAGGCGGUGAAGAGGGAAGCAUCAAGCCUGAGAAGAACUAGCAGCGAACAGAGCAGAUCCUCACUCUGCAACAUCACUACUGGGAUCCAGGGUCUGGUGGAAGUAACUCUCCUCACAAUCCCCAGAGGAGGACCAUUAUGACAACUUGGCCCGAGGAAGCUCUCUCUUUAGCCUCAUUGAGCAUCUCAUAUACGGACCCGGCCGAGGAAGCUUUUUGCCUUUAAAGAGAAGAAGAUUUAACCAAUUUAUUGGCAAUUCACAGGUUGCCGAGAAGAAGCAAGAUUCCAUGUCAGUGCCCUUGCACUUUGCACGUGGUGAAUCUUGAAGUGGGAAAAGACAAAAAGUGUUAUCACGGUCACACAACGCUAGGAGAACCUUUCAGAACAUUUUAGGGAAUCUAAGAGCAUAUCGAAGCUGAAAAAAAAAAUGUCAGACCAAGAGAUUGACGACUUUGAUGUGGACAGCAUAUCGGACACCUCGAGAAUGAUCCCGGGGCUCCCACCUUAUAACAUGGAAGACCAGCUCUUGCCCAUGGAGUCCCGCAGCAGGUGGGGGUGCUGGAUUUGGACUGUGUUUGUUUCUGGAGCGAACUUUUUGGCUUUUCUGGUUAACUUAAUAAUCCUGGCUGUCAUAUUCACCAUCGUGUUGACUCCGACCAUCGUGGUGGUUUACUUUGGAUUUAAAUGCCAUUCAAGGGUCCUACAUUCUGAUGCCUCCUACUGCAGGACCCUUCUAGAUGACAACAGCUCCUCUGCCCUCAUCAUCCUCGGCUUUGUUAUGAUGUCUCCUCUCAUUGUACUGGCCAUGGCUGUUUACUGUGGCCUUGCCCGACGUCUCCGUCUCUUCAUGCUGUUCCAGCCUUACACCAGAGCUCUGUACAAGGGGGUUCGAUGGAGGUGGUAUGAAGAGGGUGGGAUAUGCAGCUGUGUGAGGGAAUGGAAUAAUCAUGUGAAGGCUUGGGUAUAAUGGCAUUAUAAAACUGUGGCUCCUUAUCUGAAUAAUUGUCUAAAAGGAUGGUCCAUGGAAGCUGGAAGAGCCGAGCCUGAAGGUGCAAGGACAUUGAAUGAACUUUUGAUCCACUGGAAUCUGAUACAAUACAUUGAAGCUAACAUUGUAGUUUGCUGGAUAUCGAGCCUCACGCCCAUUGUAACCUGAAAGUGUGAUAAUAUCUUAUUGUUGUACAGUAUAUAAAGUAGAACAUGCUUUCUUAUUUAUUUUAUUUAUCUAUACAAAUACAUUGUAUACUUAUGUAUAAUACAUCUACACUCACUCAAUUUCUCUGGAUGUAGAUGUAUGCAAUGAGGAUCCUAUAUUAUCGUGAUGCCCCCAGAUGCUUUAAUGGUUCAAUAACUUGUCGAUCAGUAGAAAGGCUCAGUAAUGAGCUACUGGAGAGCAAGGGUCACAUAAACAGUUCUUGUACAUGGGGCCCUCUGGUGUUACCCAACCACUUGCCCAAGGCAUGUACCCAAAGUUAUACCCUAUCCUAAUUUUAGCCUUUUAGCCUAUUAUCAUAUAGCAAAGGGCUUCAGCCUGUAGCUCCACAAGGUUCUCUAGCUGGCCCAUGCCCUGACACUAUAAUGGCUCCCAAAGGUCCAUCAGAAGAAAACCCUGGUGAUUCUGGUGAACCUAGGGGGGGAGUUGAUUUUACUAUACUGACAACAUACUGCAUAUGCAAAGAUAAUGCAGUGAAAUAUAGGCAUGUUCUGUGUAGAUGGAGGAUGCAUGAAUGUGCAUGAACAACAUAUAGACUUAAGGGGUACUCUGCUGCCCAGGCGUUCGGAACAUUUAGUUCCAAACGCUGGGUGCAGGCUGCGGAGGUCGUGACGUCACGGCCACACACCCUCAAUGCAAGUCUAUGGGGAAGGGGCGUGGCAUCCCCUAGACUUACAUUGAGGGGUCGUGGCCGUGACAUCACUACCCCCAGCAUUCCGCACUCAGUGUUCAGAACUAAAUGUUCCGAAUGCUGGGGCAGCGGAGUACCCCUUUAGUCCUCUCCUACUGUGAAUAGGAUGGGAGCUAGGUGUUCAUCAUAGAGCCCUCCUUCAUGUCUCCCUCACUGAAGUGCCAUCUAAUCCAGUCUGGUACACUGUAAAGAAGAGCUGUUAAAGGGUUACUCCGCUCCCCAGCAUCCGGAACAUAUAGUUCCUGAACGCAGUGUGCGGGCUUCCAUGUUCACGCCCACCCCCUCAAUGAAAGUCUACGGGAAGGGGGCGCGACAUGACGGGGUGUGACGUCAUGAGGGGCCGGGCGUGAACACGGAAGCCCGCACACAGCGUUGAACACAUCAAUGUUCCGGGCGCUGGGGAGCGGGGUAACCCUUUAAGUUCCACCCUUGUCUGACAACAUUUAGUUUUCAUGGUAGGAUGGGACAGACAAUGACCAUGGUUGAGGAGCCACAGGGACAUGUCAAAACUUUCGAUUAGCCAGUUGAGUGUUCAGACUCCCACCGUUCUCUAAUGUAACCAGGGCAAUUGUAUGGUCAAUAGCUUUAGUCUCCGGAUCCCUCUGGUCUUUUUCUCACUGCACAGGAUGAGCCCCAUAGACUUAUAAUGGUUUUCGCUUCGUUCAGCAAGAUAAAAACUGCAAGGACCUGGGGAGUAAAUCUCAUAUCUGCACGUUCAGGGGUCCUGAUUCUCCUGUCUGAUGCGGUACUCACAUGUGCACACUGCUACUCCACUGACUGUCUAUUGGACUGCCGAAGAUAGCCAAGUACAGUUCUUGUCUAUCUUUUUCACUCCUGUGAACAAAGUAUACAAUAAAGAAGGUUGCAGCAGCACUCCUGGUCAAAAAAUGGAGGCUCUUAGUGCACUUUUUGAUCAAAACGUGUCCUCCACCAGCAUGCGGAGGGGGCCUCACUUCAGAUGGGACCCUAACACUCUCAUUCCACUCACCUCUGCUGGUCAUAUAGGCUCUGACUGGGUGACAUGCAGGAUUUUGCUGUGCAAGUUGGAGGGAGUGGCACCAUCUUAGCUGUGCACUUGCAUGCUGUGCAGGAAUGCAUGGUAACUGAGUUACUGCACUUUUUCCACAGCAUGAACACUGUCCCCAUUAGUAGGACCAGUCCUUGGGUGGAAAUCUUGGCUUGAGUUCCCCCUGCGUGUAUCCCUCCCUGUUCACAGGAGGUUUUUUAAAUUGGUUGGGGAUCCUGCAUGUCACCCAGUCAGAGACUACAUGCCCAGCAGAGGUGAGGGAAAUGAGUGUGUUAGGGUCCCAUCCGAAGUGAGGCCCCCUCUGCGUGGUGAAAUGGAGACACAUUUUGAUCAAAAAGUACGCUAAGAGCCUCCAUUUUUUACCAAAAGUGUAGCUGUAACCUUCUUUUUUGUAUACUUUGUAUUAGCCCCAGCAGCGUGCACCUGUGUAUAAGGUAGUGGUGCUGUUUUUUUUUGUUUUUUACUCCUGUGAACAGUCAAUGAAGUGGAGCGUACAUGCAGGACCAACCACUCCAUUCCAACAGGAGACUCUCUUAAGAUUGAGGGAAGAUCCCACUGCAUUUAAUGGUUGGAUAGAGCUUAAAUAAGACCUAAAAUAACAGAGCAGAAAGAGUGUGAUAAAUUGGAGAACAUCCGAGAGAACUACAGGAGUAUUGUUUCUAUAGUCUCCUAUAAAAUGUCCUCUCCACAUAUCAGCAAGGGUGAGAAAGUAAUCUCUAUUAGUGUCAAACUUUAAAAGCCCCUAUGAAGGGGUUGUCCAUUCCAGUCAACUCCUCAAUGAUCCUCUAGUCCCUGUAUAUUCAGAUCAACUGAUGAAGUUUUGCUCGGUCAUACAUCUCCCCUCUAGUAUUUCAUGUUUUCCAUUUAAAUAAAUGGCUUGCCAUGUUAUACAUAUACAUGUACAGGUUGGGUCCACCAAGUGGUACUAUGUUCUGUAUCAUAAAGAAGGGGUCCCAAACAAAAGACUACCCCAUUUAUGAUGUCUUCACAGGGCAUAUGUUAUAUUAACUGUCUAUGAUGUACCAUGAAAAUUUCCAUUCUUAAGACUUCUAAUAUUUAUUUUGUAUUUAUUAUGUAAGUAGUGGUUGUACAGUCAUUUCCGGUGAUAGAAUCUACAUUAUAUGAAACCAUAUCUCUCCUUUUUCCACUGUGUUAUUAAUAUAAGGUAUGUUAUGCUGUAGCUUGCAGUAAAAGCACACAGAAGUAGCACAAUUUGCAAUGUAAUAUUUUAUUAAAGUGAAAUAAGCACCAAAUCAAUACACGGCA